ACCAUUAUAACUAUUUGAAAACCGGUAAAAGUAGUAAAAGUACAUUUUUAGAAGGCACGUGUUUUUAACCCUCAAAAACAAAUUCUGUAUAAAUAAAGAAAAAAAAAAAACUAGUUUUAUUUUAGUGUUAAGAUACCUUUCAAAAACAAAUAUGACCUCGCUGUCAUUGAAUAUAUUCAAAAUAAAACUAGAUAAUCCAACAGCGACGUAUAAAUCAGGUGGAAUAAUAUCUGGUCAAAUAAUAAUCGAUCUUGCCAAAUUGCAAAAGUUAAAAGCUCUCAAAAUAAGAUUUAAAGGAGAAUGCAUAGUACGCUGGUCUCCUAAAGUAUUCAAAUUUAACUCUGAAGAUUUCUUCGGACAUGACUUGUAUUUUCGUGAAGAUAUUUGUUUAUUUGGAGAAAUUGGUGGAAAUGUUAUCGAACUACCCUCUGGACAUCAUAUUUAUCCAUUUUCAUAUGUUCUCCCUGAAAAUAUUCCCAACAGCUUUGAACACAGUAUCGGCUGUGUGAAAUACUCGAUAAAAGCAAUAAUGGACAGACCUUGGAGUGAUUAUAAAACAUCCAAAAUUUUUACUGUAGUAUCUCCAUCCGGAACGCAGUCAGAAAAAUGCGCAUCGGGUAUCAUUGAUCAUAAAUAUAUCAAGAAUUAUUCUUGUAUUUUUCCUUCUAUCAGUAACGGCAGUUUAAAUUACCGAAUUCAACUGCCAAAAGUAAUGUACUCGUUAGGUGAAAAUAUUCAAGCGAUCGUACAUCUUAACAAUAAGUCAAAUUCCGUUCAAGUUACUAAAAUUGAAAUGACCCUAGUACAGGAAUUAAAAUUUUAUUCGAGGAUACCGUAUGAAAAAUCAAUAUCUAAAAUAAAUUUAAUAAAAAAUACCUCACAAACAGGGCCAUUUGAUAAAAAAAGUAAUAUAACAAUAAAUAUGCGGGUACCAUUCAUUACUCCUUCGAAACUUCACCAUUGUAAGCUUAUCGACAUCAGUUAUCAAAUUUACAUUUUCAUUCAUAUUUCUGGACUCCAUCGAAAGAUUAAAAAAAUUUAUAAUAUUUUUAUUGAAAAAAAUCUUUCUCCUCAACAACCUUCGCCAAAUUCUGAUUUGUGUGGAGCUCUAUCAAACGACCCAUAUAUAACUCCUGCUGGAUGUAAUUUAGAAGAAACUUUGCCGUACUCUAACUAUCCAGCUCAACCAGUUAAUUCAACUCAGUAUCCCUCGGGAAAUAAUCAAAAUAUGAUCUACGAUGACCAGAUAGAUGUUCAGUACCCCUCAUCUAGCAGUACUCCUUACCUCGCACGAGCAAGUCCACAAAGAUUUUCACCAUGUAAUAAUAAUAGUCCUUUUUCUUCUCAACCUGAAUCGGAACGUCAAUAUCGACCAUCAAUAAUAAAUCCAAUAAAAAUUAAUGACAUUGGAUGUCUUGACACUGUUAAAUUUCCAACGCGUCAAAGUCCUCAGUGGCCGACACAGUUUGGCGAAACUCAGUAUCUGCAAACUACUAUUGCAAGUGAUUCUACAUCUAAUUAUUGUAUUCCACCAUCGUAUGAAACUGCAAUGACUCUUUUGUAGGACCUAAUUAAUUUAAAUAAUUUUUUAAACAAA